GAUCGAAGCGCCUAUAUUUCGUGUCGUGCGUAUAAGGUUGAGUUUGCAAGCAGGAGAAGUCGUUUAAACUGUUCAUGAUUUAACACACAAGAUUGUGACUUUAAAAAGUGUCGUCUCGAUUAAAUCACACUUAGACCCCGCUGACGAAGAAUAUCAUACCGAAAGUGAUAUGAAGAAGGAAAGACCGUGACAGGGAGUAUUUGAAGAUAAGAGUAGCCUCGGUGAAUGCAGAAAUAUGCCUUCAGCUACCGGUGGGACCAACCCGAUAGGGCAGCAGAAGGGAGGAGGGACUAUGCCCAAUAAUGAAGAAUGUGGUAUUAGAGAUGUAUGGGGACACAACCUGGAAGAGGAAUUUCGCACAAUUCGUCAAGUUGUACAGCAAUAUCAAUACAUUGCAAUGGAUACAGAAUUUCCUGGUGUUGUAGCUAGGCCUAUCGGUGAAUUCAGAACUAAUGCCGAUUAUCAAUAUCAGCUCUUACGUUGCAAUGUAGAUCUUUUGCGAAUAAUUCAACUUGGUCUCACAUUCCUUGAUGAGUCGGGGAAUACGCCGGGCGGUAGCUAUACAACAUGGCAGUUCAAUUUUAAAUUCAACUUGCAUGAAGACAUGUAUGCACAGGAUAGUAUAGAUAUGCUACAAAAUAGUGGUAUACAGUUCAAGAAACAUGAAGAGGAAGGCAUUGAUCCUUUAGAAUUCGCAGAACUGCUAAUGACAUCGGGAAUCGUUCUUGUUGAUGACAUAAAAUGGCUGUCUUUUCAUUCUGGCUAUGACUUUGGUUAUUUACUGAAACUCCUCACAGAUCAAAAAUUGCCACAGGAAGAAAGUGAAUUCUUCGAGCUGUUAAGGAUAUAUUUUCCGACAAUAUAUGAUGUAAAAUAUUUAAUGAAAUCGUGCAAGAACUUGAAAGGUGGUUUACAAGAAGUUGCAGAACAGCUGGAAAUUCAAAGAGUAGGUCCUCAGCAUCAAGCUGGGUCCGAUUCUCUUCUUACUGGAAUGGUUUUUUUUAAAAUGCGAGAGAUGUUUUUCGAAGAUAAUAUUGAUGAUGCAAAGUAUUGUGGACACUUAUACGGUUUGGGAACGUCAUUUGUCAUGAACGGAUCUAGCGGAUACAUGGAUAGUAAUGGAGAUAAUGCCUCGACAUCGUAAUGUUAAAGAAAGAAUCAAUCGUAACAGAGAGAUUAUUUCAUUACAAAUAAAAUGUUACAAAAAAAUCUUUUCACUUAAUGAUCAAGCAUAUAGUUCAUAUCCGCAAAAUAUUACAUCGAUAUCAUUGCUGUAGGUUUCACACAAAAAUCAAUUUAGACAAGUCUCUUUCAGAUCUAUGAAUCUUUUUUUUUUAUUUUUUUUUUUUUCAAUACAAGUCUAACUCUUUUAUAGAUUCCUUCUGUGUGAUACGUAUCACCAAUCGAAAAUAUUUACAACACCGAACAGCAAAUAAAAAAAAUGUAAUAUAA